AUGGACAUAGUCUCUGGACGUCACCCCAGGUUUCUGAAGAGACAUUCUGAUGCCCAGUGUGAAGUGCCCUCAGCAGACGUCAAGCUGGCGACCGUAGCAGGAAAGAAGGGCAAGAAGGCUGAAGAGGAGGAGCAGCCUGUAGCACCUGCAGAAUCACCAGCACCAGAAGCAGCAGCAGCAGCAGCAGCAGCCGCAGCCGCAGCCGCAGCCGCCACCACCACAGCCGCAGCAGCACCACCACCACCGGCAGCGGCAGCGGCAGAGGAGGAGGAAGAGGAGGAGUAUGUUGUGGAGAAGGUUUUGGACCGCAGAGUGGUUAAGGGAAAAGUGGAGUUCCUGCUGAAAUGGAAGGGUUUCUCAGAUGAGGAUAACACAUGGGAGCCGGAAGAGAACCUGGACUGUCCAGACCUUAUCGCUGAGUACAUGCAGAAACACAAAGAGAAGGAGGAGAAAAAGAAGGAGGGCAAGAGGAAAGUCACCAGUGAGGCCUCGGGAGACUCAGAGGAUCGAGGGAGCAAGAGGAAGAAGGAAGAGGGCGAGAAGGCAAGAGGUUUCGGUAGAGGUCUGCAGCCGGAGAGGAUUAUUGGAGCGACGGACUCCAGUGGAGAGCUGAUGUUCCUCAUGAAGUGGAAGAACUCAGACGAGGCAGACCUCGUCCCAGCCAAGGAGGCCAACGUCAAAUGUCCCCAGGUGGUCAUCUCUUUCUACGAGGAGCGCCUCACCUGGCACUCUUACCCCACAGAGGAGGAAGAGAAGAAAGAGGAAGAGAAAAAAGACUAGAUGAGUGGAGGCGGAGGUGCAAAGAGGAAAAGAAAGGAAGUGCGGAAGUGCAGGGCGGGAAAUCAACUAUGUGCUGGUGAACUGUUGUCCAGGUAAUUGAUUCUAGCAGCCACUUUGGCAGCGGAGAAAAGUGGAGAAAAUCCCAGAUCAUUAGGAUUGAACUGCCAAUGUGGCUGACAGAGGACAGAAGAAGGUUGUUUUCCUGCCCUGAAAGGAGACUGGUGUCCUUUCCUCAAAAGAUGCUCCCACCUGUAUCUCGACUGAAAAUAUAUUCUUUUUUUUAAUUCUUUUUUUUUUUAAGAGGUAUGUUGACACUUAGUCUCUCUUACUUUACGUUUUUCCCUCACCAAGAACAUGUCACUUGAUGGGAAUUGGUGCCUUUGUUCUGCUAGUAUUCCUCCUUGGCGCCACAAGCCGAAUAUUGAACUGAAUACAGUGAAAUGACUAUAAAAGUAUUUGUCUCCUACAUUUGGUGACAGGUGCCUGGUGUUGGAAAUACAGGAAUACACCGCAAGCUGUCAAGCUUAUCUCUUAAACAUGUGCAUUCAUGUGAGAAGCAAGCUGAAUGUUUGACUGUGGCUGGCAAGUUUGUCUCUCCUCCAAUCACAGGUUUAUAAGUCCUGUUUUUAAAAAAAACAAAAACGUUUCGGUUGAAAAGAUGGUGAAAGUGGCCGAUGAAUUGUGGUGGCUAAGAGAGCACAAACUUUUCUUCUUGCUUUGUCAGGAUACAUUGGGGGGAACUUCUUUUGGAACGGAAUGAAGUGAGGAGAGGUAUUAUAGAGGAGUGAAAGAAUGGACAGAAAACAUUUGUCUCUCCCAGUAUCUGUGCCACUCUCUGAGUUCUCAUUAUUGCUGUAUGUAACGCUGUUCUCAGUUGAAACUUCAAAUGCCAAAUGACGACUGUACAUUUCACUCUGACGUGGGCAGAUUGACAAAGAGCAGUUGCAGUCUACUAGGGGUGUAACGUUACAUGACAUUCACAGUUCGGUAUGCACCUCGGUUUUCGGUAGAGCAGCGAAAACAUUUUUGUUAUUUAUUGUGAAAAAUGAUAACAGUAGCUCAUUAGUUCUGUUCAAUUCUUACUGUAACAGUAACCGCACUCAAGUACUGGCAUAUUGUCAAUAAGAAAAAAAAUAACUCAAAUGUCAGUAAUGCUCCAUUAUUAGACUCUGACCUGUUGAUCAUUGUUGAACAGCUUACAGAGCAGCACAACAGACUGAUUAAAAUUCACAUGAGAAGUCACAUUGUAGCUGGGCUCAAGCACCAUAUGCUUAAAUCCUGUAUUUUCCAUCCAAGUACGGUCGCAUAUCCACCUCAAUAAACACAUAGUAGUUACAGUUGUUACUUUGGCACUGUCUGUAUCUGCAGUGAGAGGCUGUCGGUCUGUUUUUAUGUCUCGUUCUGCAUAUCGCCACAUUCGAUGGUGGGGGGGCGGUCGUAAAUGGCACGUUUUUAAGUGUUUCCACAGAUGUAUCCAACAUCAGUUGAAUAUCGUCGGCAUACAAUUUGCCCGCUAAUCGCUGCCUGUUUAGCUUAAACUACCCGGCUAAGCAGACUAGCAUGCUACAGCUGGUGGACAACUGGUGCACUGCCAAAACUUUCCAGGUAAAACUCAGGCUCUAGAACUUCUGUUCCACGAGUGCGAGUAGGCAACAUAAAUAGGCUGUUUUGACAGUAAGUAUUUGGAUCACGGGUGUACUGAACCGAGGCACUCCCAUACCGAACUGAACAUCCUGCGCCAAACGGUACGGGAUGCAUGUAUCGUUACACUCCGACAUUCUGCAUGAGAAGACCACCAGUCGUUGCCUUGGCUUUACAUGUCCUACCAGCCAAUGUGGCAGCCAGCCAGCCAGCACUUGAGUGUCCUGCAGUUGUCUGCUGAAACAGUUUUUUAAAAAGUCAUUCCAGCCACGGAUUAUGGUUUGCCCAAAGCUACUCUGCUUUCUGUUUCAGUUUUUAAUGAAAACUAAUGAACUCGUCUGUAUUUUAUCAAACCUUCAGUUAAUGUGUCUGUGCUCUUUUUGUGGAGGUCCACAGGUAAACCUGUAGUUUUGCUUUCAAUGUAAAAUGUCCAUCUGCCUUAUUUCAUGUGACUCAAUCAUAUGCUUUCUAGUUAUUAAGGUAUAUAUUAGGGCAUAGCACUCUCCUAAUGUGUUUGAGGUAUUUACUUAUUUUAAACCAUCAAUUACAGGAAUGAGUAAGUACUAUCAAUUCACCAGCUGUUUUCGCUGCUUGACUUGGCCAUUCCUACUGAACUUAUUUGUUUAGUGUGAAUCCAAACAAUCGCCUUCAAGCAAGGCUAGAAGACAAAUGACUACUUACAGAAGUAGUGAACCAUGUUUAAGUGUACUGAUUUGAGUUCAUUCACUGGCAGAUGAGGCUGCUUUGAUUCAAACUUUUCGUGCCAAUUUUGUGGAGUUACUUUAUGCUGGACGAGAGGCUGGUUGGUUACCUGCCAAAGUGGCUGGAGUGUACACACAGCGGCAAAAACAUCUGGCAGGUUGUACAUUUCCACACUGCUAGAGUGACGGGCACACUGGAUAACUUUAGGUGAAGAGUUACAUGAUUGUCAUAUAGCAGUUGGUGUUGUACUGGUUGAGACUCAGCAUCAGGAGUGGCAGUCAGAGGACUCUGCCUGAGGACGCUGAUGUGCCCUUUAAUAGAGCUGUGUAUUGGCUAGAAUCUGGUGGGCACAAUACAGGGGUUACUACUCAAUAUAUUGCGAUACUGUAAGUAUAAAAAGUUUUUUAUGUAAUUUUAGGAAGACUGUCAGUGUAAAGAACAAAUCACCAUACACAUGAAAUCUAAAAUUUUUUUUUUUAUUCUAGUAGAAUUUGUAUUUAUCCCAAUCCCUGUAAUAUCCAACAUCAAACUGAGAGGUUUACGUUUAUAACGCUCGAUUUGAGAAUCAAUACAAUAUCACAGAACAAAAUAUUGAGAUUCCUGACACCCCUACCCUCCAGCCUGUAGAUUAGUGGGGCAAAGUGUUAGGAACCAAGUGAUGAUCAUUCAGACUGAAACACAUACAAUUAGAACGAACACAAUUCUCAGCUGAGAAACUGCAGGUUUUUACUUCAGCCAAACGUAGGUUGAAGGUGUGUUAGGCACUGAGCUCAGCUGUAGUAUACUAUACUAUACUAUACUAUAGUUUCUUUUCCCUGAUGCUAACCUACCAGAGCACAGCUGUCGAACUAAAGUGAAUGUUUUUUAAUGCUUCUGAACGCUCUGAUGCAGGGUCUUAUAAAAUCAAGCAGGCUCCUUGUUUAUUAUCCUUAUUGACAGUUAAUUGCAAGAGUAGGUAAACAAGCAUGCAUAAUAUAUUGAGCUGCUGCAACAGGCUUGUCUAAUUUGGGUAAAUGUGCUACUGGAGUAACACCUGCAGCAAGCCUUUCUGACUGAUGAUCAUCAAACAUGUUUCCCUGGGAAAUAAAGGCACCCCCUCUAACUCGUUGCCCUCAGUGUGAAGUUAACAGUCACAAAGUGAUUCAUGUGGACCAUCAGUUUGGGAACUGACCAGCCAGUCAGUGAAUUGUCGGCUGUACUUUGUACGUUGCCACGUUGGCUCGGAACCAGCCAACAAGCUGCUUUGGCUGAUGGUGAGAGAGCCACUUUGGCUGGUAGGUGGAGGUUUCCUGAUGAGACUGCGGCUCUGUCAGCAGUAGAUACAUGCUCCAUAACAGCCUCAGCUGGGUUUUAUUCCUAAUGGAGGAGGUGAUUUAAACAUAUGUUUAAAAUGAUUUCCUCUCCCUUGUUUUAACCUUCACACACACUCAGCCACAUGUGUGUUUUUCUAGAUUGUAUUAUUUUAGCUUGCACAGGCCGGGCAACACUCAAGACAUGAUGAUUGAGCACAUUAGAAGUAUUUCUGGGUUCCUCUUGCUUGCAGACCAUCCUUUGUUCAUAAAGUUUUGAUAUUUGCAUAAAUAAAACUGCAAAGAACUUUUGAAUUCUAUAUGAAUAGCAUACAAGAAGUCUUUCUCUGGUGUUUUCUCUGCUGCCUAAUGUCUCCCUGUGUUUAAUGUGUUGAAUGUCGCCCGGCUGUGCUUAUUUCUAUGUGUACUGUAUUAAAGCUAGUGUAGUAGCUUCCUCUGUUAGCAGACCCGGGUUAGCUCUAGUUCAAAUCCCCUUCUCUGAACUUAGCCUUGGCUCGCCUUUUUCUGCUGGAGAUUAUCAGUGAACUGACCUUGAAGAGAAAAUUCCAUUGUGUUUUCCUUAUUAUAAUGAACCUCCAUUCAUGUCCAGUGGAUAUUGUUUUUGUGCUUCACCUCGUACUGCCUCAUGUCACAACACUUGAAACAGCAGCUAUUUUUAGAUAUUUAUGUUUUCUUACAGAAUGAUCAUUUGAAUGAGCCCUUAGUGUGAGUGACAUGUUAUGGAAGAUGCACAAACUCAAAGCAGCAUAAAAACAGUCACAUUCUUUAAAUUAGCAACCACAGGAUAUGUAAACAUAUCAAAAUUCCUGCCCAAGUACUUCCUACCAAAAGGCCAGAAGAAUAAACAGAAAGUAACACGGUCUUCUUAAGAGGCUGAAUUACAGGUCAAAUAGUUUGUAGCACUUGAAGUUGAACCUUUCUGACUUUAACAUUGCUGUGCUAAUGCUGUUACUACUGUAUGUCUGCAUCUGUAAGCUAGGUCUAAGUCUACCCUUUCUACUGAUUGGUUUCCACACAAAUGUAUUAUUCAGUGAAAUUGCUGAAAUGACCUUGUAGAACUUCCGGCCUUUGGGGGCGCUCAUAUCUUCACCAUGCACAUCAGUAUUACCAGAGUUAAAUGUGCUGCACACUGACUGCCUUCUGUUAUACCUCACCAUUGACAGGAGGGGAUUGAAUUAGCCGCACCUGGUUCUGCUAGUUAGCUUUUCUAUCUUGUCUCUGAAACCUUUAUCUGUAUUUAGCGGAUUAGCUUGUGUUGUCCUGUUGCAUGUUUAUUGGUUUCCCUUGCAAUGUCACUGUCAUGGCUGAUCUACUUUUUAAUUGUCUGUUUUGGACAAUAAAGGUUUUUCGUUUAUGUAA